CAUUGUGUUUGGUGGUAGGUUACAUCUUUUGCCGAAAGAUAUGGCGGUUGGUGUACGGACCGGCAGAGGCGGCGGAGGAUCUGUGUUUUCCUCCGCCCUACGCAACUUUUUUUCUUACCGGAUCUUCGUCUCCGCUAUGUUUACUCUCCUUUUCUUGGCCACGGCCUCCAUACUUUUCUCUUCCCACCACGCACAUUUCUCUGAGAACUCUAAGAUGCAAACAACUGGGAGAGCAUACAUGCACAGGACCUUUCUAACAUUGAAAUCGGAUCCGUUAAAGACUAGGUUAGAAUUGAUACAUAAGCAAGCCAGUGAUUAUAUUGUGCUUGUGAAUGCAUAUGCUGCUUAUGCAAGGAAGUUUAAGCUCGAGAUAUCUAAACAGCUUAAGAUGUUUGAGGAUCUGGCGCAAAACUUCUCUGAUUUGGGUAUGAAACCAGCAUAUCAUGAUGCAUUAUUUGAGACUGAUGGGCCGUUGGAUGAGGAAGUCUUGAGACAAUUUGAGAAGGAGGUGAAGGAUAAAGUCAAGGUUGCUAGGUUGAUGAUUGCUGAGACGAAAGAAUCUUAUGAUAAUCAGUUGAAAAUUCAGAAGUUAAAAGACACAGUAUUUGCAGUUCAAGAGUUGCUAAUUAAAGCCAAGAAGAAUGGUGCAUUUGCUAGCUUAAUUGCUGCUAAAUCAACGCCAAAGAGUUUGCAUUGUCUUGAUAUGCGUCUCAUGGGGGAACAGAUUGCGAGUCCAGAAAAAUAUAGAGAUGAGGAGCCUAAACCUGAGUUUGAGGAUCCAUCACUGUACCAUUAUGCAAUAUUUUCAGAUAAUGUGAUUGCAGUAUCUGUUGUGGUUAACUCAGCUGUAAAGAAUGCUGAAGAGCCAUGGAAACAUGUUUUCCACAUUGUCACAGAUAAGAUGAAUCUUGCUGCAAUGAAGGUUUGGUUUAAAAUGAGGCCAGUAGAAGGUGGUGCUUUUGUGGAGGUGAAAGCAGUGGAAGAGUAUACUUUCUUGAACUCCUCAUAUGUCCCUGUUCUUAGGCAAUUAGAGUCUGCAAAUAUGCAGAAAUUAUACUUCAAGAAUGAACCAGAGAAUACAACAAAGGAUGCUAACAACAACUUGACAUUUAGGAACCCAAACUAUAUGUCAUUGUUGAAUCACCUUAGGUUUUACUUGCCAGAGAUAUACCCAAAACUGCACCGUAUAUUGUUAUUAGAUGACGAUGUUGUGGUUCAGAAAGAUUUGACCGCACUGUGGAAACUUGACAUGGAUGGAAAAGUGAAUGGGGCUGUUGAGACCUGCUUCGGAUCCUUUCACCGUUAUGCUCAGUAUUUGAACUUCUCCCACCCGCUGAUUAGAGAUAAGUUCAAUCCAAAGGCCUGUGCCUGGGCUUUUGGCAUGAAUAUAUUUGAUCUUGAUGCUUGGAGGCGUGAAAGAUUAACUGAUCGCUACCAUUAUUGGCAGGAUCUGAAUGAGGACCAGACUUUAUGGCAAUUGGGGACACUCCCACCUGGACUAAUCACCUUCUACUCAAGAACAAAAUCAUUGGACAAAAAAUGGCAUGUUCUUGGUCUUGGGUACAAUCCAAGUAUAAGCAUGGAUGAUAUAAGUAAUGCUGCUGUGAUUCAUUUCAACGGGAACAUGAAACCUUGGCUCGACAUUGCCAUGAACCAGUUCAAGCAUCUGUGGACUAAAUAUGUGGAUAGUGAAAUGGAAUUUGUGCAGAUGUGCAACUUCGGAUUAUAGACAAGGACUUUGGCUCAAAAA